UUGUUCGGUCUUCUGAAGGAAUCAGUCGUUUAAAACGGUUUCCAUCCUCAAAGCUUAAUACAAAUAUAUUUUUGUUACUGUCAACUGUGAAUAGUGAAUUUUCUAAAAAAGGAAAAAAAAUCUUUUACUUAUACACAAAAAAUCCAAGUCCAUAUAAAGAAGUUGUUGAAAAAAAAAGUGUUAGAAAAAGUUAAUUAAAGUGUGGAAAAACAGCUAAAGUUGGUAAAAAUCUAGAAGAUUUUUUGUGUUAAACUGGAAAAGACUAAUCCAUAAAAAAAAAUCAAAAAAAUAAUAUAAAACACGAGCAAAACUGAGUGUUAAGAAAUCUUAGAGAAAAAACAACAGAAGCAGAAGAUUUAAAGAAAAUAUAAGAAAAAUAAAAAAUCUUAAAGAAAAUUAAAAAAAAAAUAAAUUCAAGUUCAAAAACCCUUCAACACAAAGUGUGCAAACGAGCAAAAGAAAAAAAAAAACAAGAGUCAAAUAAAACUAAAGAAAAAAGAAAAUAAUUUCCCCGUAUUAUUGAAAACCAUAUAAUGGCCCCAAUAAUUGCUGACAAUUUAAACGAAUCAGGAUGUGAAUUUGUUGAUAAUUCCAAUACGAACACUUCCAACGUUGCUCAAAUUAGUGAAACUUUUUAUAGUGAAGAAGAAACGUCAUCAUCAUCAUCAUCGUCCUCCUCAUCAUCAGUUGGCAACUAUACGAAUGACGAAAGUGUUGUUGUUGUUGUCGAAAAAGAAGAAGAAAGUGUUAACGAAGUGAAUAAUUUAAAUGUUGUUGAUGUUAAAAAUGAAUCUUCUAAUGCCGAAUCCGAUGGAUUAUUUAUGCCAACUAGCAAGCAAAUGCCCUGGGAAGCUCCAGGCAAACAAGGACUUUAUGAUCCUCAGAAUGAGCAUGAAGCAUGUGGCGUUGGUUUCAUUGUGGCCAUCGAUGGCAAACGCUCUCACAAGAUUCUUCGUGAUGCCCAGACCUUGUCAGAACGGAUGAAUCAUCGCGGUGCUUGCGCCUGUGAUAAUGACACUGGCGAUGGCGCUGGUGUUAUGGCUUCUAUACCCCAUGGAUUAUAUGCCAAAGCAUUGUCUUCUCAGGGCAUUGAAUUGCCAGAACUUGGUAAUUAUGCCACUGGUAUUUUCUAUUUGGAUCAUCAAACUCACAAGGAAGCUGAGCAAGAGUUUAAUGCAUUAGCCAAGACUUUGGGAGUUGAGGUGUUGAACUGGCGUGAUGUGCCAUCGAAUACGAAUGCUAUCGGUGUGGUGGCUCGUAAAUCGGAACCAUAUUCUCGUCAAGUGUUUGUGACUCGUCCAGCUGGCAUGGAUGAUGAGACUUUCAAGCGCAAGAUAUUCGUAUUGCGUAAACGUGCCAGUCACGAAUUGGCUAAAGAAGGUCGUCGUUUUUAUAUCUGUUCCCUUUCUACUAAAACCAUAGUCUACAAGGGUCUCUUUACUUCCGAUCAACUUUGGGAUUACUAUACCGAUCUUAAGAAUCCAGAAUUCGAAACCUAUUUGGCUUUGGUUCAUACACGUUUCUCUACCAAUACUUUCCCUUCAUGGGAGAGAGCUCAUCCCUUGCGUGUUUUGGCUCACAAUGGUGAAAUCAAUACACUGCGCGGUAAUGUUAAUCUCAUGAAGGCCCGUGAAGGUGUCAUGAAGAGUGAAUUGUUUGGUGAUGAAUUGAAGAAACUCUAUCCAGUGGUAGAGCCCAAUCUAUCCGAUUCCGGUUCAUUUGAUUGUGUCUUGGAAUUUCUUACCCAAGCUAGUAGUCGCACAUUACCGGAAUCGGUUAUGACCAUGGUGCCUGAAGCCUGGCAAAAUGACAAAACUAUGCCUCAAGAGAAACGAGAUUUCUAUCAAUGGGCCUCUUGUGUUAUGGAACCCUGGGAUGGUCCUGCUCUAAUUUCCUUCACUGAUGGUCGCUAUAUUGGUGCCGUCUUGGAUCGUAAUGGUUUGCGUCCUUCGCGUUUCUAUAUCACCAAAGAGAAUAUUUUGGUUAUGGCUUCUGAAGUUGGUGUCUAUGAUGUUGAUCCAUCACAGGUUACCUUGAAGAGUCGUUUGAAACCCGGUCGUAUGUUAUUGGUCGAUACUCAAGAGAAGAAAUUCAUUCAAGAUAUUGAGCUUAAGACUUACAUUGCCAAAUCUCGUCCUCAUUCGGAAUGGUUACAACAGAAGAUGAUAACUUUGGACGAAAUUCGCAACGCCAAUGUCUUUAAUACGGAUAAUGCCAAUGGUUUGGCAGAAUAUACCACCGAUCCCGCUACUCAUGGUAUGUUGGAUCCAAGACUUUCUUUGUAUGGUUACACCAAUGAGUCGGUUAAUAUGCUGUUGGUGCCAAUGUUUAAGACCAGAAAAGAGGCUCUUGGAUCUAUGGGUAAUGAUGCUCCUUUGGCUUGUCUUUCAACAUUCCAACCCACACCCUACGAAUACUUCAAACAAUUGUUUGCCCAAGUUACCAAUCCUCCCAUUGAUCCAUUCCGUGAGAAGGUUGUCAUGUCUAUGCAGUGCCCUGUGGGUCCCGAGGGCAAUUUAUUGAAGCCUUCUGCAGAACAAGUCCAUCGCAUUUGGUUGCCCAACCCCAUUUUGAGCAUUCCAGAUACAAAUCUGCUGAAACGCAAUACUCAUCGUGGUUGGAAAACCAAGGUUUUGGACAUUACAUUCCAAUUUCAAGAUGGCGUACAGGGCUACAUUGAUUGUAUUGAUCGCAUUUGUCGUGAGGGUGAAGCGGCCGCUUCUUCGGGCUAUCAACUUUUGAUCUUGUCCGAUCGCAAUGGUGGACAAAAUGGCAAAGCUCCCGUAUCGGCUCUUUUAGCUUUGGGUGCUCUACAUCAUCAUCUCAUCGAAACAUAUCAGCGCAUGAAGGUUGGUAUCAUCCUUGAGACUGCUGAAGCUCGCGAAGUUCAUCAUAUUUGCGUGCUAUUGGGUUAUGGUGCUGAUGCCAUUUGCCCCUAUUUGGCAUUCGAAUUGGCCCAAGCCUUGCGUAAUGAUGGUGUCAUUAGCCCCGAUGUUAGCGACAAGCAAAUCUAUUCGGCUUACGCUCAGGCUAUUGAUACUGGCAUUGCUAAAGUCAUGGCCAAAAUGGGCAUUAGUACUCUGCAAUCGUAUAAAAGUGCUCAAAUAUUUGAAGCCGUGGGUUUGGGUAGUGACAUUGUCCACAAGUGUUUCCGUGGCACUGCUUCCCGCAUUGGUGGUGUGACUUUGGAGAUUAUGGCUCGCGAGGGUCUGGAACGUUAUCAAAUGACUUAUUGCAAAGUUUCUGCCGAUACUCGCAUUUUGCGCAAUCCUGGCCAAUAUCAUUGGCGUCAUGGUGGUGAAGCCCAUAUCAAUGAACCUGGCUCGAUUGCUAGUCUACAAGAAGCAGCAGUUUCUAAUAAUACGAAUGCAUUUGAAGCUUUCAAGAAUUCCACUUUAGAAAGUGUUAAGAGAUGUACUCUAAGAGGUCAAUUGGAGUUUGUUACUGAUCGUGAGAAGAUCGAUAUAUCAGAAGUGGAACCAGCCAGUGAAAUUGUAAAACGUUUUGCUACUGGUGCCAUGAGUUUCGGUAGUAUUUCUCUGGAGGCCCAUCAAACAUUGGCCAUUACCAUGAAUCGUAUAGGAGGCAAAAGUAAUACCGGUGAGGGUGGUGAAGAUUCAGAUCGUUAUUUGAAUCAAGAUCCCCAAAAUAGCCGCCGUUCUGCUAUUAAACAGGUAGCUUCGGGUCGUUUUGGUGUCACCGCUUCUUAUUUGGCCAAUGCCGAUGAUUUGCAAAUUAAAAUGGCCCAAGGUGCCAAACCAGGCGAAGGUGGCGAAUUGCCCGGCUAUAAAGUUACCAAAGAAAUUGCUAAAACUCGUCAUUCAGUGGCUGGAGUUGGUCUUAUUUCACCACCUCCUCACCACGAUAUUUACUCAAUUGAAGAUUUGGCCGAACUUAUUUACGAUUUGAAAUGUUCAAAUCCUAAUGCUCGCAUUUCCGUAAAAUUGGUAUCUGAAGUAGGUGUGGGCGUGGUAGCUUCUGGUGUUGCUAAGGGUAAAGCUGAACAUAUUGUUAUUUCGGGUCAUGAUGGUGGUACUGGUGCUAGCUCCUGGACUGGCAUUAAGAGCGCCGGUCUACCCUGGGAAUUGGGUGUGGCAGAAACUCAUCAAGUUUUGGUUUUGAAUAAUCUACGAUCAAGAGUUGUACUCCAAGCUGACGGUCAAUUGCGUACCGGUUUCGAUGUUGCUGUUGCUGCAUGUUUGGGUGCUGAUGAAUUUGGUUUCAGUACAGCUCCUUUAAUUGUAAUGGGCUGUACCAUGAUGCGUAAAUGUCAUUUGAAUACUUGUCCAGUUGGUAUUGCCACCCAGGAUCCUGUGUUGCGUAAAAAGUUCACUGGCAAGCCAGAGCAUGUCAUUAACUUCUUCUUUAUGCUGGCAGAAGAUAUUCGUAAAAUCAUGGCCAGCUUGGGUAUACGUAAAUUCCAAGAUCUUAUUGGUCGCACUGAUUUGUUGCGUGUCUCUGAUAAACUCUCGCCAAAGGCCAGCACUUUGGACUUGUCGUUGAUUUUGCAAGAUGCCCUAAAAUUGCGUCCUGGCACAAAUAUCUUGGGAGGUUCCGUAAAACAAGACUUCCAAUUGGAAAAACGUUCCGACAAUGAACUUAUUAGCAAAAUCCAACCCAUUUUUAAUGGUACUGAGGAUAAUGUUACUCUAAAAAUGCGCAUCAAUAACGAAGAAAGAGCUUUUGGUUCCACACUCAGCUAUCAUAUUGCUUGCAAAUAUGGUGAAGCUGGUCUUCCUGAAGGCAAAAGUAUGGAUAUUUACUUGGAAGGUUCUGCUGGUCAGAGUUUCUGUGCUUUCUUAGCCAAGGGUGUUAAUGUCACCUUAAAGGGCGAUGCCAACGAUUAUGUGGGCAAAGGUUUGUGCGGUGGCAAUAUAGUUAUAACGCCACCUGACACCGUACCCUAUGAAUCCCAUUUGAAUGUGAUUGUGGGCAAUGUUUGCUUGUAUGGUGCCACUCAAGGUCGUGCUUACUUCCGCGGUAUUGCGGCUGAACGUUUCUGUGUACGCAACUCAGGUGUUACCGCAGUUGUAGAGGGUGUGGGUGAUCACGGCUGCGAAUACAUGACUGGCGGUACUGUGGUAAUUUUAGGUCUUACUGGCCGUAACUUUGCUGCCGGUAUGUCUGGUGGUGUGGCUUAUGUCUACGAUAUCGAUGGUUCUUUCAAAGCCAAAGUAAAUCCAGAAUUAGUAGAACUUUUACCACUCGAAUUGGCCGGUGAUGUGGCUUUAAUUAAGGAACUUUUGCAAGAUUUCAUUGAGAAGACGGGAUCAAAGAUUGCCAAACAAAUCAUUGAUAACUGGGCUCAGGAGCAGGGCAAAUUUGUCAAAGUCUUCCCCUAUGACUAUCAACGAGCUCUUAAGGAACUUGAAGCCGAAAAGGAAGAACAAGAAGUAAAAUCCGAUGUCAAAUCUAUUGAGAAUGGCAAAAGCAACGAACCCUCUAUUAAGGACAUCGAAGAAGCCAUACAGGAUGUGGCAUUGGAACAAAAGAGAGCUGAUCGCAUUUUAGAUAAAACUCGUGGUUUCGUCAAGUACAAGCGUGAGACCGCACCUUAUCGUGAUGCUCAAGAGCGUCAAAAGGAUUGGGAAGAAGUUUACAAUUUCCCUCAUGUGCGCAAGAAUCUAAGGGUUCAGGCGGCUCGUUGCAUGGAAUGCGGUGUACCAUUCUGUCAAUCGAAUGUACAUGGCUGUCCUUUGGGCAACAUUAUUCCUAAAUGGAAUGAUCUAGUAUUCCAUGGUGACUGGAAGGAGGCGUUGCGUCAAUUGUUGCAAACAAAUAAUUUCCCCGAAUUUACGGGACGUGUUUGUCCAGCACCCUGCGAGGGUUCAUGUGUCUUGGGUAUAUCCGAACCUGCUGUUACCAUUAAAAAUAUUGAAUGUGCAAUAAUUGAUCAUGCUUUUGAACAGGGUUGGAUUAAGCCCGAAAUACCAGAGGUACGUAGUGGCAAACGUGUGGCCAUUGUUGGUUCUGGUCCUUCGGGUCUGGCAGCUGCUCAACAACUUAAUCGUGCCGGUCAUUUUGUUACCGUUUUUGAACGUAAUGAUCGCGUAGGUGGUUUGUUGCAAUACGGUAUUCCUACUAUGAAAUUAUCCAAGGAAGUGGUGAAGAGACGUGUUGAUUUGAUGGCUGAUGAGGGCAUUGAAUUCCGCACCAAUGUUCAUGUGGGAAAAGAUAUACCGGCUGAGACCUUGUUGCAAGAAUAUGAUGCUGUCUUGAUUACCACUGGUUCCACCUGGCCACGUGAUUUACCACUGGCCAAUCGUGACCUCAAGGGUAUACACUUCGCCAUGGAGUUCUUGGAAGCUCAACAAAAGAAACAAUUGGGCGGUAAGAAGGAUAUAAUCUCUGCUGAGGGAAAAGAUGUUAUAAUUAUUGGUGGUGGCGAUACCGGCUGUGAUUGUAUAGCCACUUCAUUGCGCCAAGGUGCCAAGAGUAUUACAACAUUUGAAAUUCUACCCGAACCACCCAAGAGCAGAGCCAAUGAUAAUCCCUGGCCACAAUGGCCCAAAGUAUUCCGUGUUGACUAUGGCCACGAAGAGGUGCGCGUCAAAUGGGGCAAUGAUCCCAGACAAUAUUGUACUACAACCAAAGAAUUCAUUGGUGAGAAUGGUCAUAUCAAGGCGGUUAAAACCGUUGAAGUGGAAUGGACUAAAACAGCCAAUGGCGGCUGGAGCAUGAAAGAAGUGCCCGGCUCAGAAAAACAUUUCAAUGCUGAUCUUAUUCUAUUGGCAAUGGGCUUUUUGGGACCCGAAAAGACGGUGCCCAAUGAAUUGUCUUUGGAAUUAGAUCCCAGAGGCAAUAUUAAGGCCGUCAAUGGUCAUUAUGGUACCUCGAAUCCUAAAGUAUUUGCAGCUGGAGAUUGUCGCCGUGGCCAAUCAUUGGUGGUGUGGGCCAUUACCGAAGGUCGCCAGGCAGCUCGUCAAGUGGACUCUUAUCUUACCGGCCGUCCUAGUGGUCUUCCAGGGCCUGGUGGUGUUGUAGAUCCCACUAAAAAUGCUUAAAUUUAUUAGUUCAUUAACCUUUUAAGAUUUUUUUAUUUACUUGCUAUUUUUUGUGGUAAAGUCUUGAAUAAAUAUUAAAUUUAAUUGUAUUUGUUUCCAUUAUUAAACCUAAAUUAC